AUAUUAUUGUCAAUAUUAUUUGGGACAUUAUUUACAAUGACAAUAGGUUGGUUCUGGUACUCAAUUGCACUUCGAGAUCGAUACAUGAAAGAAACCAAUGUGAAGUAGGAGAAAGAAAAAGAAAACAAUUAAUAAAAUAUUGGGCCAUUAUUAUUUGAACUGGCAGGAAGAUUCUUGUAAGCCUGUUUGAUAACAACCUUUUACAACCUAUUAAAGUCCAAAGUAAUGACUCAUAAUUAAUUAUAGGACGAACGCGAUUUAAUUUUGGCGCUUACUUUGGCUGUAUUUUUUAGUUUGAGCUUUUAAGUGCAAUACUACACAUCGAAGGUAGUUUGGGAAUAGAAGACAUGGAAUUAUUUCAUUAUAAGGGUGGGCGAACAAUUUAUUUCGCUCUCCACUCUUUCCAUAACUGCAUACAUUUUUGUAAAGUGA